AUGUCGGCGGGCGCGGCCGGCGACGGUUUCCACCGCGGAAUAUUCGAGGGAUGCAUCUCCGGCAGGGACAUGAACAUUGAGCGGCGGCCGUACCAUAAGAACUGCAAGUGCGCCCUCCACAAGGAGCGCGGCCACUGCAGCCAUGCCUCUCGCCACAACUCGAUCUCCUAUCCGAUUCGGAGGACGUGGAGCGAGGGCUGCUUGGCGCUCAUGAAUCUCUCCUCUCCGAUCACCGGCGCCGCCUCUCCGUGCCAGAAUUCGCCCUCCUUUGCCGCCGCCUCCGCGGCGCAGGGGGAUAUGACGAGGACGCAGACGCAUCUGGUCCUGUACAAGGAGGAGGACGACGAAGAGGAAGAGGUCGAUUAG